AUGGUCAAAAACGAAAGUUGUAGCCCUGCACUGUAUAGCUUCCUAAAUCUGUUUGAAUUAUGUUCUGAAGUGCUCCUGUUGUGGAGAUAUGAGUGUUCUGCUAUUAGGCUGAACCUGGAGAAGGCUGCUAUAGCGUCCGCUGAAAGGUCCGCCAACCUGUGGUUGAAAUAUGCUCCCACCUAUACUCUCUCCUGCAUCACACUCACCGACCUUAUGGAACAAACCAAAAAUUGUGACAAAGAUGUCGACAAGGCCAACACUAUCAUCUCUGGGAUGCAGGACCUCAAAGCAGAUGCCUGCUCUGCAAAAUUCAUGGACAAAACUGGGAAGACCUUGGCAUGUGUCUUUUCCCACAGAACACAGAUGAAUGACCAGGCUACAGCAGAAAGAAAAGGCAGGGGGGAAAGGACCGCCUACCCUGGACCCCAUAAAUGGAUGCUGAAGGACAUUCAAGCGUCUAAGUCUGAAGACCAGCACUGGGAUGGAAUUCCUCUAAAGCAACAUGCUUUGGAGAUAUCACCAAUGCGCACAAGAACUUCACCAGGUUUUUGGCCCCUCACCCCAACAAAAGGGGAUAUCCAGCAUAUCGGAAACAUGUUUUUCUUCCCCAAAGCCUCUUUCGACAAACUGAAAGGGAAGCCCCCUCUCUGGAACAAGAGAACAUUGUCUGGCACUCUUCCAGAUGUUGGACAAAGAAAUAACUAA